UUCUACACUUCUCAAGUUUUUCCAACAAUAAUAUGGCUUCUUCCCUAUCUAAACAACUUCAUUUUCUAUUAAUACCUUUUAUGUCCUAAAGCCAUAUCAUUCCAUUAACAGACUUUGCAAAAUUACUAGCCUUUCAUGGAGUCCAUGUCACAAUUAUCACAACACCUCUCAAUGCCAAAAAGUACAAAUCAUCAAUAGUCACACAUGCAACUAAAUCCAACUUAAAAAUCCAACUAAUUCCUCUUCAUUUUCCAAAUCAAGAAGUUGGAUUACCUCAAGAAUGUGAAAAUUUGGACACACUCAAAUCACUAGAGUUGUUUAAAGAUUUCUUUUUGGCUAGUGAAAUGAUGCAAAAACCACUAGAGAAAUUGAUUCAAGAAUUGGAACCAAAGCCAAAUUGUAUCAUUUCAACUAGUCCACUUAUUUGGACUCAACAUGUUGCUAAUAUAUUCAAGAUUCCAAGGUAUAUAUUCCAAACUGUUUCUUGUUUCACUCUUUAUUGUUCAGGAAUGGAAAUACAAGAACCCCUUAUGUUAAAUUCUAAUUCAUUCUUGAUCCCUAAUAUUCCACACAAAAUUGAGUUUACAAAAGGCCAAACAUUAAAUACUGUUAUAACAAGAAAAUCUCAAGAUAUGCAAAGUAUUAUAGACAAAUAAACAAUCUCAAGACUUGGCAAGAGGUACUUUGAUUAAUACUUUUGAAGAAUUGGAGUCUUGGUAUGUUGAUGCAUACAAGAAAGUUGUGAAGAAAGUAUGUUGUGUUGGUCCAUUAUCAUUAUGUAACAAAGAAAUUGAUGAAAUGGUUGAUAGAGGCAACAAAGCUUCAAUUGAUGAACAUAUUUGUUUGAAUUGGCUUGAUUCUAUGGAGCCAAAAUCAGUCAUUUAUGUUUGUUUUGGUAGCCUUUGUAACAUUUCAUUUUUGCAAAUGAAGGAAAUUGGAUUAGGGUUAGAGUCAUCAAAUGUGGCUUUCAUUUGGAUAAUUAGAGGGCUAGAUUUUACAUUAGAAGUCGAAAAGUGGCUAAGGGAUGUAAAUUUUGAAGAGAGGGUUAAAGGAAGAGGGAUGAUUAUCAAAGGUUGGGCCCCACAAGUUAUGAUAUUAUCUCAUCCGUCCGUUGGAGGGUUCCUGACUCACUGUGGAUGGAACUCGACGUUAGAAGGAAUUUCCAGUGGUGUACCAAUGAUUACUUUUCCUAUGUUUGCCGAGCAGUUUUACAAUGAGAAACUCAUUGUAAAUGUUUUGAAGAUUGGAGUUCGAGUCGGGGUUGAAGUAAGUAUUGACUCUUGGAACGAAGAGAAGAAUGGAGUGCCAGUUAACAAGGAUCAGAUAAAAAAAGCAAUAGAUAAAUUAAUGGAUAAAGGAUUUGAAAGUGAAGAAAGAAGAAAAAGAGCAAAAUAGCUAUCACAUAUUUCAAAUAAGGCAAUACAAGAAGAUGGUUCUUCAUUCUUGAACAUCAAAUUAUUGAUUGAAGAUGUGGCUAGAACAAUGUAAAGUUUGUAUCUAGAAGGGGUUAUUUGUGUAAUGAGCAGAAAAAAAGUGCCAUUUCUUGUAAUGCCAACUGUAAAAUAGUGUGA